AUGUUGAUAUUUAGACACGUAUCAUCUUUUGAUGUCAUAGAAGAGGAAAAAGCAUGCAUCUCUGCAAUGCAGCAUUGCUUUGGUUCAAUAUAUUCUGCAGUUUUGAAUGCAUCGAUUGAGCUAAACUUGUUUGAGAUCAUAGCAAAGGCAUCUCCAACAGGAGUUGGUGUGACAGCGUCUGAUGUUGCCUCUCAACUUCCAACACAGCACCCAGAAUUGGCUCGCAGGAUUGAUCGCAUGUUGUCUCUGCUUGUUACUCAUUCUCUUCUCACUUGUUCAACUCGCACAAACGAAAAUGGUGAACCUCAGAGGUUAUACCAUCUUUCUCAUGUUGGUCACUACUUCGUCAAAGAUCACAGCAAGGGCUCUCUGGCUCCCCUAUCAACUUUUCUUAGUCACCCUUCCAUCGUCCAUGUCUUGCUGAACUACAAGGAGGCACUUUUGGACUUUGAGAAGGGCUUGUACCAGAAGGUUCAUGGAGUGCCUAUUUAUGAAGGCAUAUGCUCGGAUCCCACACUGAGUAAUAUUUUUAAUGAAGCAAUGAGUAAUCUUGGCACAAUCGAGAUUAAGAAGAUUAUAGAAAUGUAUAGAGGAUUUGAUAAAAUAUCUUUGCUAGUUGAUGUGGGUGGUGGCAUUGGCCAAAAUCUUAAUAUGAUAAUCUCCAAUUAUCCUUCUAUUAAGGGCAUUAAUUUUGAUUUGCCUCAUGUUAUACAAAAUGCUCCCAUUUAUUCAGGGAUAAAGCAAGUUGAAGGAAACAUGUUUGAAAGUGUUCCAGAAGGUGAUGCAAUAAUAUUAAAGGCAGUAUUACACAAUUGGUCGGAUGAAAAAUGUGUAGAAAUUUUAAAGAAUUGCUACAAAGCUUUGCCAGAAAAGGGAAAGGUAAUUGUUAUGGAGAUGAUAAUGCCUGAAGCAAUUGACUCAACAGAUGCAGAUAAAAUGGUCACUGGCUUUGACAACCUUAUGUUUUUGGAUGCUGGCACUGAAAGAACUGAGAAAGAAUUUCAUAAUUUAUCCAAACUCUCAGGAUUUUCUCAUUUUCAGCUUGUUUGUCGUGUCUUCUCAGCUUUGGGAGUUAUAGAAUUUCAUAAGUGA